CUUGUAGUGUGCUAAAAAUAUUAAGCAAGCUGACUUAAACAUUCACUUGAGAUAUCAAAAUUUAGGCACUUUUUUAAAUCAAACCAUAAUGGCUCUCAUAUACUACGAUCAUACGAUUAACUCACCCCUGGAGCUCAUCCUAGCUGGAUUAAAGGAUGCCACGACGGGCAGCUCCUUGCGUGAUCUGGCCACCUUUGUGACGCGGAAGACGGGAUUUCCGGGUGAAGUCUGCUAUAAGGUUAUCAUGGAGGCACUCGACGAUGGCAUGGCCUUCAAGACCAUCCGCCAAGUGAACGGGCUCUUCUACGAGAUACCGCCAAAACCGCCCCGUCUGCCCGCCCGUCGAAAAUGCAAAAUACCGCAACCAAAGCCGAAGAACGACUGUUGCGAUAAUUAAUUCAUAAUGCCGAGAGUAUCCGCUCGAGUGGCCGAGAAGAGCAGAGCAAACACUUUAUUAAAAUUAAAAUUUAUCUAAAUUGCGACAGCAAGCUAUUCUAUCCGCAAAGUACUUGAACAACUUCGCCCACAGUCCUCUGACAAUGACGGAAGGGUUGAUGUGGAUGUGGCUGCCAGUCUCUUCCCGCAAAGUGCACUUCUUGUUGCUGCAGCGUCUUGUGUCUGUCAAACGUCAGUCUUGGCGUUGUGGAGCGUUGAAAUUGAAAGCUCCGCUCGUUUUGUCUUUUUGGCCAGGUGGGGCACAAGGAGAAGCUGGAGGAUUCAGGGAGUGGAGUCCAGGAGUGGCUGCGCCCGGGCCUUUGCAUUCUCAAUGUGUCACUUUGAUUUAUUAUUUUCGACAGCCCUCUCCAAGGAGCCCUGCUUACAGGACUCAUGAGUCUAAGCAGCAGUUGAGUACACCAGGAGCAAGAAAAGAUGUCAAAGUCAGUUCCUUUCACUUUUACAAGGUUAUUUUGUAAUACAUUAAGUGUAAUUUUCAGAGAAAAGAAAUAUUUUGAUAAUA